CUGAUGGCUGCGGACAUGAUCGAGUCUUGCAUCAAGCGAACACUGCAGGCCUUUGAGAAGUGGUUGCAGAAGGGUGGCAAGUCGACUGACUACAUGGUCCCCAUCGGCAUCAGCGCCAUGAUCAACGUGGUCAUCGAUGCUAAGAACCAGUCUCUGAAACUCUGCGCAGUGGACGGUAUUGACGUGCACCAAUACCACACUAAGAUCGAUGAGUUCUUGGAGAAGGUGUCUCAGCAGAUGAUCAGAGGUCUCGUUCAGAAGUUGAUCAGUGUGUUGGAGAAUGUCCUGGGCAAGCUGGCGAGGUACGACGAGGGAUCCGUCUUCGCUCCCAUCUUCAACUUCACCAGUCAGAUCAACAUCAGUAAAGUGCUGAAUCCAGCAAGCAGUUCGCAGAAUCCGCCGGCUAACGAACUCGGCCUCUCCUACGUCAACUUCAUCCGCGCAAACCUCGAGAUCUUCCACCAGAAAAUCAACGAUGAGCUGUGGAUCCUAGGAUUGUUUGAGUACUGGUACACACAGACAAUGAAUGCCAUCUGUGAUUGGCUGACAGACCGGCUUGACCUGUCACUGCAUCCGUACCAGAUGACCUGUCUCGGGCUCAUCGUGAAGAAAACCUACUCGGAGUUUGAGAUCCAGGGGGCGCCGGAGGUCUGUCUCCGCUCGAAGACGUACCAGACGAUCUAUGCGCGCAUGCAGAUGGAGGAAGCGAACGUACAUCUGAAGAUGGAAGGGGGCACCGGCGGCGAGCGCAUGUUCCCGGCGCGCGGCGAGGAGAAUGACUAUUGAGCUGCCGUCCGUCCGCUCACUCGAGACGGAGGGGUCAAGAUGCUGGAUUGAGACAUAGAGUUGAGAUGCUGGAUUGAGACGGAGGGGUCAAGAUGCUGGAUUGAGACAGAGUUGAGAUGCUGGAUCGAGACGGAGGGUUGAGAUGCUGCAUUGAGAUGGAGGGUUGAGACGCUGGAUCGAGACGGAGGGUUGAGAUGCUGGAUCGAGACGGAGGGUUGAGAUGCUGAAUUGAGAUGAAGGGUUGAGACGCUGGAUCGAGACGGAGGGUUGAGAUGCUGGAUCGAGACGGAGGGUUGAGACGCUGGAUUGAGACGAGGAAUUGGGAUGUUUUUUCUAUACACAGACAACUCAUGAAACAAAAACAGUAAAAUUAUGGCAGUAGCCACGUAGCGGAAAUACGGUUACCCACAGGGGGUGCUCUAGGGUGCGAGUGCUGACAGUACCACCGCAUAGUCAUAGUUAUAGAUGGCACCGAUGGGCGGGUAGCAACACCGUCGCCACAUAGAUACUUUCUUAUACAGAACCCGCAGUACUCGCAGAAGCAGUAGCAACAGCAACUUUAGCAGCAGUAGUAGUAGUAGUAGCAGCAGUAGCAGUAACAGCAGCAACAGUAACAGCAGCAACAGCAGCACAGCAGCAGUAACAGACGUAUACUCUCGCGUGCCGUUCUGUAACAGUUCCCGUGGGACCCAGCAGGGGUGGGCGCCUCUUCUCCGCCCGGCCUCUGCUGACUAUCUGUUUUACUUAUAGCAGGUGGGAGCUUUGCACGGCGACACUUUGUAGCUGAUAUGAAAACCAAAGAGCGUGGCCCUCGACAUGCCCCGCUUUCUCUCCUCUCUCUCUCAUCAUCUCGCUCGCUCCCAGCUUGCGUACUGCCCCCUCCAGCAAUGUCUCUAGUAGUCCCCUCAACUAGUGUGCUGGGGGCUGAAUCGAGGAAACCCCGGGGCUCUAAAGUCCCACCCACCGCACUGCCCCCUGGUGGGAACAUCAGCCGACAGACAGAGGCGGCGACCGGUCGGAGCGUACGGUCCAUUUGAGUGACGGCCCACAGUUUCCACCUCCAUGUUGCACGAUUGUGUGUGGUGUGCUGCUGCCAAUUCGAGUUGUCAUGGUAACUAAGCUUCACUCAGCCGCACGUCUUGUCUCUGGCCUCCAGGGGGCAGGCUUAGGGUGAGGAACUUCGAGAGAGAGAGUGUGAGAGAGAAAGGGGGAGCGGGAGGGAGCAAGGAAAAGUGUUGACGGUGUGGGUAGAGACAGUACUAGUAGUGAGAUGAGAAGCUAGUAGUGAGAUGAGAUCAUUGUUAUCGUAUUUCUGCAGAGGUACGUUAGUGCCGCGGCCGUCGUGUAGCAGCGGCCAUAUUGCUAAAUUGCAAAAACUCGAUAGCGUAAGUCGAACAUAGUCAAUUAUAGGUACUGUUGAUUAGUCGAUAAAUCAAUAAGAUGAAGUAUAUAUAAUCAAGUUAUUUAUUAUUCUUAUUUAUUAAUAUCUAUGGAAAUUGUUAUGAAUGUUGAAUCGUAUGUAUUAUUAUGCAAUAUGUA